AUGCUGACUGCUGGGAUGCACCGCACUGCCUUUGCGGCCCUGCGCCAGGCGACCCGGCCCGCAUUCUCUGCGGCACCUCUGCCUGCUGUGCUGCGCCCCGCGACCGUGGCUGGUACACGCAUGCUGAGCAUGACCCCCCUGCGGUGGUCGGAAAAGAAGGGCGAAGAAACGGCGCGUCCCGCGACCGGCGCCCCCAGCGACGCUGCCCCUUCGUCCGACAAGACGCGUGCGACCGAGGCAGAUUCAGAGGCGUCGCGCGCUGCACUGUGGGACCAGAUGCUGAAUACAAUCAUUGUCGACCCUGUGGACAGUGCGAAUGCCGACGCGAGGCUGCGCAAGCCGCGUGAUGCGCUGGGCUCGGGCCUCGACGCAUGGUCGUCGUCUGAGUCUGCGUCGGGUCUCUCGACGUCGAUUAUGGACCAGCUCGAGAGCGAGUUCCGUGCGCGCCCGACGAUCGGGCCUGCCAAGCCUGCCACGACGACGACCGGUCGCUCGGUGUCUGCUGCCAACUCGUAUGGAAAUAACUCAGCCGCGAUGCUGUACCGCAACCUGAUGGGCACGCUUCGGCGCAACAAUGUGCGCCGUGAGCUCCGCCUGGAAGAGCGCUACGAGAAGCCGAACCAAAAGCGCCGCCGCCUGCGGUCCGAGCGCCACCGCCGUCGCUUUGCCGAUAUGAUCCGCAAGAAGGUGCAGCUGAGCAUCGCAUCGCGCUCGUUGGUGGUGUCUGCGCGUGCGCUCUCCCAUCCCCGUGCUGAUCCGCAGCGCGGCGAGUACCUCCCGGAAGACCCGACCCCCGCAAUGUGGCAGCGCGUCGCCCAGCUUAUUGCUGGCACGAUCGCCACCGGCUCGCUGGUCUACUUUGUGCUGUUUGCCGACUUUGGCGAGGGCGAGCACUGCUUUAUGCCGAUCCGCCGCGCGCUCAACGUGGACCCCGAGGUGCUGCGCAAGCUCUUGGAGACGUCGCCACCCCAAAAGUCUCUGUAG